AUGUCGGGGUUCGAUGAUCUGACACCAUCUAUCGGGUGUUCGCAUCUAUCACUUCUCGACCUCCCCACAGCCUUCGCGUCAUCAUGGUAUCGCGAUGCCUUCUGCUCGCAAAAGCCACUCUUGGGCUCAGCCGGCAAUUGCGUACAUUUCCCAUCACUACUGGAUGUUGAUCUUGAAGAUCUAGCUGCCGGGCUUGAGAAGGGCUCAUUCACCACCACCAUCGAUCUCGUCAAUGCCUAUACCCGCCGUAUUCUGGAGGUGAACUCUACCCUCAAGGCUGUCACCCAGCUCAACACCAAUGCCCUCUCGAUGGCGUCAGAGGAUGCUGCUCGAACAAACGGCACGAUCAUGGGACCCGUCGACAAAAUCCCCGACUACGUCGGCGCCUGCGACUACCUCGCCCUGCGCGGUGCUCGAAUUGGCGUCCCACGUAAUCUCAUCGAACUCGACGAUCCUGCCUUCGACCCUUGCGCGCCCGUCCUCCCCGCCUUCGAAGCAGCUCUCUCCGUCCUCCGCUCCGCCGGCGCCAUCAUCAUCAACGACCUCUUCCUCCCCGGCUAUGAGACUACGAAAAAGGAACAAUCUGUCUUUGAGAACCUCGUCUUAAAUACUGACUUCCCCCGCAUAGCGACCUAUUUCUCCUAG